UAGCAGGUACAAAGAACUCAAUGACACCUUUAAUGGAGCAGAUUCUCAGUAACAAAGUACUACUUUUUCCAGAAGGUGGCCACAGAAAAUAGUGAAUGAGAUGAGCACGCAAACUGUAACAUUUGCAGUGACUAUGUGAAUACUGAGUGGGGAACACAGAAAUGGAGGCUGGCAUGGAGGAAAUCCCAGUUAAAGUUGCAGUAAGGAUCCGACCUCUCCUUUCCAAGGAAGUACUUCAUAAUCACCAAGUGUGUGUGAGAUCAGUUCCAAAUACACAACAAAUUAUCAUUGGGAAAGACCGUGCCUUCACUUUUGAUUAUGUAUUUGGCAAAAACUCAACCCAAGGAGAAGUUUAUACAGUUUGCAUUAAGCCUCUUCUACUGUCUUUAACGGAGGGAUACAAUGCUACAGUAUUUGCAUAUGGACAGACAGGCUCUGGGAAAACUUACACCAUUGGAGGUGGUCACAUUGCCUCAAUUGCAGAGGAUGAAAAGGGCAUAAUCCCACGGGCUAUUCAGGAAUUAUUUCAGCAUAUUUCUGAAAACCAUAACAUUGACUUCUGUGUUAAAGUAUCUUAUAUAGAAGUCUACAAGGAAGAACUUCGUGAUUUAUUGGAGUUGGAGACCUCUGUGAAGGAUUUGCAUAUCCGAGAAGAUGAAAAGGGGAAUACAGUGAUUGUUGGUGCUAAGGAGUUCCAAGUGGAAUCUGCCGAUGAAGUAAUGAGUCUGUUGGAAAGUGGCAAUGCAGCUCGUCACACAGGCACAACACAAAUGAAUGAGCACUCUAGUCGAUCUCACGCCAUUUUUACCAUCAGUAUUUGUCAGAAACAAUCUGCAGAGUCUCAGAAAAAUGCUGAUGUUCCGCAAAAUCCAUCUUGGAAAUCGGUCAGAAUGAUUGCUUCAAAGUUCCAUUUUGUGGAUUUGGCAGGAUCAGAGAGAGUGACAAAAACUGGAAAUACUGGUGAACGGUUCAAAGAAUCAAUUCAGAUCAAUAGUGGUUUGCUGGCCUUGGGAAAUGUCAUCAGUGCUCUUGGAGACCCAAAAAGGAAAAGUGUGCAUAUUCCAUACAGGGAUGCUAAAAUCACGCGUAUUCUGAAAGACUCUCUAGGAGGAAAUGCCAAGACUGUCAUGAUAACAUGUAUAAGUCCAUCCUCAUCAGACUUUGAUGAAUCUUUAAAUUCACUCAAAUAUGCCAACAGAGCCAAAAACAUUAGAAAUAAACCAGUUGUAAACUACAACCCUGAUCAAGACCGGAUUGAUGAAAUGGAACUUGAAAUCAGAUUGCUCCGAGCUUUGCAGAAUCAGCAAGUCAGUAAUCAGUGUUCACAUGACUUAAAUCAAGAAAGAAUUCGAAUCAGUUUGCUAGAACAGCAGCUCACCCAGCUUCAAGUUCAGUGCUUCAGUUAUAAAAACUGCAUAGAUGAAGCCUUCCCAUUCCUGGUUGACUUGAAUGAUGAUGUUAGUUUAAAAAAAAGUCAGCGGGACAGAUUGCAGAGUUGGAUCACCAUGGUGCAAGACAUAAGGAAAGAAGGUCUCACCAUGCAGCAAGCUGACACCAGGACUGGGACCAGCCACAAGCCUCAUCAUAUCACAGUCCUUCAGCUAAAGCGGGAACUCAAGAAAUGCCAGCAGGCUUUAGUCAUGGAUGAAGAAGUAUUUAGCCAGAAGGAUCAUGAAUUAAUGAUACUACAGAAUCAGAUAAAGGCAUUAAUACGGGAAAAUAAAGAACACCUGAGAUCUUUAAAGAAGGCUGUAGAAACACAAAGAUUACAGGUAUUUUUCCUCUGGUACAUAUUACAUAUAUCCAUAUUGAACCAUCUUUCCAUGGUAUGAAUGAAUGAUUAUUUUAAGACAGACCCUUCAGGAUAUUUUGGGGGCAUAUAUGUCUACAAAUCUUAUGAGCACUUUGUUUGAAUCAGAGCUGUAUACCUUAAUGAGGCAAGUCAACUGGUGGAUGAAGCCCAAUAUUGUGAUUCCUAAAGUUUAUAUAUCAGCCUAGCUGUGCCAUAGCCUUUCUGUAGAACAUUACAUUAAUCGUUUACUUUCUCUGUGCUUCUUAAAACAUACCACGUACAUCUCUCUCUGGAUGUGUAUUGCUGAUAAACUGUUUCUGGACAAUUCAUGAAGUAGGUUUUGAAAGACCUUCAAAAAUUCUUUAGAAUAUGAAAAAGACUUACAAAGUACCUUCUGAGUACUUUAGCUGAAAGGCUGCAUAGAAACAUAUUUUGUGAUGUCUUUAAGUGUCAGAGUAAAGUAUUAUUGCUUUUUUACUUACUAAGACAGAAUUUCGUCUUUAUUUUCUGAGUUUACUAUUAUCAAAAACUGAGUAACAUAGUGGAAACACUGCUUUCCUCUUUCCCUCUCUUGACCUCACUUGCUAAAAAAAUUGUAAUGGGUAGGAAGUUCAGAGUACUUCAAGAUCUAGGAGACCAUAAAAAGAACAUUUGAUCCCCCUAUACUCUGCUCUUUUGAGGCCCCAUAUGGAGUGCUGCGUCCUGGUCUGGAGGCCCCAGUACAAGAAAGACAGCUGUUGGAGAGGGUCCAGAGGAGAGCCACAAAGAUGACCAGG